AUGUACACACGCCGCCUGACUGCCAGCGUCAACGCAGCGCGAGCCUUGCGAUCUGCCCGUGCGGCUACCCCCGCCGUGCGCCCGACACCGCGAGCUGUUGCAGCUCAGACGCAGCGCCCGACGCAGACACGUUCGCUGCAGACCUCGGCGCCGCUGCUGGAUCUGCACGCGCAGGCGCAGGACGUGGUGACCGACGAUGCUAAGAGUGGCAUGGGAUCGCACGCUGCCGCUGAGAAGAAGAUGCAGGACGCCGAGGCCGCGGCGUCGUUCUCUGACCCGAUGACGCGGUACGAGUACCUUGUGCGAACGGGGGUGCUGCGCGCCGACCCGUACCAGAAGGAGAUCAUCCAGAAGCUGCAGGACUUCCACGAGGAACUGAGGCACUACGACCCCGGACCGAUCCCAGACGGAGAUACAAAGGUGGAGCCGAGCUUCCCGGACCACGAGCCGAUCAUCCCCCUCGAGCAGGUCCCGAAAGGUCUGUACCUCUACGGCUCCGUGGGCACGGGCAAGACGAUGUUGAUGGACCUGUUCCACUCGACGCUGCCGCAGCAGUUCCGGAAGGGGGGCAAGUACGGGAGUACGCGUGUGCACUUCCACGCCUUCAUGAUCGAGGUGAUGAAGCGCAUGCACGCCGUGACGGAGAAGUAUGCGGCGGAGGGAGACGGGAAGCGGGACGCGAUGCCCGAGGUCGCGCGCAGCAUUGCGGCCGACGGGCGCGUACUCUGUUUCGACGAGUUCCAGGUCACGGACAUUGUGACGGCGAUGAUGCUCCGCGUGCUCUUUGAGCGUCUCACGGAUUUCGGCGUCGUCUCCUUCAUCACGUCCAACCGCCACCCCGACGAGCUGUACCAGAACGGUUUGCAGCGCGAGCUCUUCAUCCCUGCCAUCGACCUGAUCAAGGAGCGCUUCAACGUUGUCGACCUCGACAGUGGCACCGAUUACCGCAAGAUCCCCCGAACCCUGACCAAGGUGUACUACCACCCUCUGGGUCCGGAGACGACCUCGGAGAUGGACAAGCUGUUCAACGGGCUGGCAUCCGCCGACGUUGACCCCGAGAUCCGUCUCGGCCGCAAGCUCUCUCUGUGGGGCCGUGAGGUCGCCGUGCCGGAGAGCUCCGGCCACGUCGCGCGCUUCACGUUCGACGACCUGUGCAACCGCCCCCUGUCCGCCAGUGACUAUCUCGAGAUCACGAAGAACUUCCACACCAUCUUCGUCGAGGACAUUCCCAAGCUCACUCUGUCUGAACGCGACCAGGCGCGGCGCUUCAUCACCUUUGUCGACGCAGCGUACGAGAUGAAGGUCAAGCUGUUCGCAUCGAGCGACGGACCGCUGUACACGAUCUUCAGCGCGGAUGACCCGGAAACGCAGCACGCCGUGACGCAGAAGCUGCAGGAGAUGGGCGCGCCGACGGACGCCAACAUCAACCACGAGCUGUUCUCGAGCGACGAGGAGCUGUUCGCGUUCGCGCGCUGUGUCUCGCGUCUCACGCAGAUGGCGACCAAGGAGUGGGCCGACGAGUGCUCUGCCGCGCAUCCUGAUGAGUUCAAGUAG